AUGAAAAAGGCUUUUGAAGAAGAAGAAUAUGGAGAGGAUGAAGAAGAUGAAGGAAAUGAAGAAGACGGCGAUGACGACGACGAUGAUGAUGGUGAUGAUGAUGACAAUGAUGAUGAUGAUGCUGACAAUGAAGAUGAUUUUGAUGAAGAAGACGAAAUCAAAAAGGCUUUUGAAGAAGAAGAAUAUGGAGAGGAUGAAGAAGAUGAAGGAAAUGAGGAGGAAGCAGAUUUUGAUGAACACGAACCAUUUAAUGAGAAUGAUAUUGAAGGUGAUGAUGCCGAAGAAAACUACAAUGAAGAAAAUGUUGAUGAUGGUAAUAGUUACAUUGAUGGGGAUAAUGAAGAUUUAGAAGAAGAUAAUGAUGAAUAUAACGAAGAAAAUAUUUUCUACAAUGGUUUUGAUGAAGAAGAUAAGGACAGUUACUAA